AAAGUAAACACAUUGAAAGUGUCAAAAAUUUUUAGUAACAUUAUCUCCAGAAUGGCCGAAGAAUUUGCAAUCGGUGUGGAUUUAGGUACGACUCAUUGCUGCGUUGGAGUGUUUGAUCCCGAAAAGAACACCGUGGAUAUAAUUGAGAAUCAGUACGGAGAGCGAACUACACCGUCCUACGUCGCGUUUACAGAUGAAAAAGAAAUAAUUGGGAAAAACGCAAAGGACAGGGUUGCGCGAAGCCCCGCAAAUGUCGUAUAUGACAGCAAGAGAUUAAUUGGAAGGAUGUUCAAAGACGAGUACUUGCAGCAUAACUUGUCGUCGUGGUGCUUUCGUUUGAUAGAAAGCGAGGAAAAUACGCCCUUGAUACAGGUCACCAAAAACAACAUGGCGGUGACUUACAAGCCUCAUAAGAUAAGUGCGAAGCUUUUGGGUUAUAUGAAAAAGAUCGCCGAGCAGAAGAAAGGGCGGAAGAUUAACAACGCGAUUAUAACGGUUCCGGCCUAUUUCAACUACAAUCAGCGGAUUGCAACCAGAAAGGCCGCAAAACUGGCAAAGCUGCACGUUUUGAAAAUCAUGAGUGAACCAACGGCGGCCGCCUUAGCAUACGUUCACAAAAAUCAGAUCACGGACUGUGGGAACAUUUUGGUUUUCGAUUUGGGUGGGGGAACUUUCGACGUGUCUGUGAUUAGCAUCAAGGGCAAGGAUAUAACGGUGAAGGCGACAUCGGGCAAUACGUUUUUGGGCGGGCGCGACUUUGACAACAAUUUGGCCCAGUUCAUCGUUGAAAAACUAAAGGAUAUGUACGGGGUGGAUGUAACGAAGACCGAAACCGCGAUGUGGAGAGUAAAUUGUCGAGCUGAAAAGAUUAAGCUCGCGCUAUCGUUUGAGAGGAGCGUUACUUUGGAUUUGCCGAACAUUUUAAAUGAUGGAAGGGAGGUUGACCUGGUGAUCACCAGGGAGGAGUUCGAAACUAUUAACGCGCAUCUUUUCCGGCUAUGCCUCACGACCGUUGAGAACUGCCUGGCGCAGGGGGAGGUGAACAGGGAGGACGUUGAAAGAGUUCUUCUAAUUGGAGGCUCCACUCGAAUACCUUACUUGCGCGAUAUGUUGGCGGAAUACUUUAACGAUAGUGAUAAACUCGCACAAGGUAUAAAUCCAGACGAGGCGGUAGCCUACGGUGCGGCGAUAGAGGCUGCAACUUUCAAAAGGGAUAAAAAGACGUCUGGGCAAAGGAUUAACGAGGUCACCCCGCUUUCCCUUGGCAUAGACGUCAUGGGAAAUUUGAUGAGUGUGGUAAUUGCACGUAACACCCCCAUUCCUGUGUCUGUAACUAAAACGUAUGUUACAGUCAGUGAUCAACAGAAGGAGAUGGCUCUCAACGUCUAUGAAGGUGAGAGAUCAUUAGUGAAAUACAACACUAAGAUAGGAACGUGUGUCAUCACCUUGCCCUUACGGCCCCCGGGUUACCCAGUGGAUGUAACCUUUAGUAUUGACGCAAAUGGAAUUUUCGAUGUCGGAUGUAACACCGAAACUGGACUGUAUUCCAAAUUAUCAAUAGAUUACGAAAAGUGUGUAUCACUAAAAUCCGACGACAUGCUCCAAGACGCCAUAAACAAUGAGGCGAAAGAUGAAAGAGAGAAUCAGGUAAUUUUAUCGUGGAUUAGACUGAGGGAGUAUUGCAUUCAUGUCAAGACUCUUUUGACUUAUAAAUGGGAGGAUUUUAAGGACGUGGACAAAGAGUGGUUAGAAGCAACAAUUGAGGAAACUGCUCGGUGGGUGCGCAAAAAUAAAGUACGUGAGGGUAGCGAGAUGGAAGAAAGUGCCAUCUUAAACAAAUUGGAAGAAGUCCAAUCGAUUUGUAAGCCUAUUUUAGAACAAGUGGGUUACAAUGCUUCUGACCUUUCCAUACCUGAAUUAUAUAAGCUUUACCAAGAUCAACCCUUGCAUGUCCAUUUAGAGUAAAUGUUUCAAAUCGCAAUAAAGUUGUCUUUACAUUAA